AUGUCGACGAACGCGAAUAUUAUGAUUCAUUCAUCUUAUGAUAAUUUAUCGUUAAUAUCUCCAAAUAUCGGAGGUAGUACGGCAACAAAUAGUAAUUUCAUAUUCGAUGAAUUACAAGGUUAAGAUCAUAUUUCUCUCUCUCUCU